UGGAUGUAGGUUACUCUCUCCCUUGUGUUCUCAAUGUGAGGGGGUUUGAAGUAGGCGCGCUUGUUUUCCGGCUAAUGAGAGUGCUUGGAUGGUGAUGGAUCAUCUCUUCGAUUUGCAAUCUCAUGGUGAAUCACCCAGAUCUGGCUUCCCUGAGUUGCGAUGGAGUCUGACAAAGCAUACGAUGAUGAUGAAGAUAAAGUGGAUAAAAAUAUCAUUCAGUAUUAUGGCGUGUGUUGAACUAUGCCUAUCAAAUCAACGAUAUACCAAAGACCAAAGCGGCAAUGGACUGAGACGAGCAAAAGAGGUGGAAUCAAAACCUGGUGAAGUCUAUGCUCGAUUCCUGACUCAGGAAUUGAUCCAAGGGUUCCUGAUGCAACCAAACCUCAAAUAUUAACCACCUAUGUUACUAGCACGCAUGGAAUUCUCACAAAGAAACAAAGUCCUAUUCAUUCAUCUAUGAUUUCAAGCCAAACCUUGCAUCUAGGGUAGUUGCGACGGCUAGUCAUGCAAUCAUGAUUGGCAACAUGUUUCCAGUCUAUUACAAACCCACAAGUCUUUGGUUUUGAUGUUCAUGACAAUGUAUGCUAAUUGCUGAGAUCGUGAAGCUUAAUAUAAUUUAUGUUGGCAUUGAGGAUGGAGACAAUCUAGAUGUUGUCAUGAGCACAAAUUCAAAGAAAAAUCUCAUUCCAAAAGACUAGCCUAUUUGGUGAAAGAAUUCCUCACACUAACCCCACUCCACUUAUAAGGCUUGCCUAUGUAGGACUCAUGAUAGAUUCUUUAUUGAAUUUUCAUUAUCAUUUGUUAAUCUUUUCUCCCCAAAAUCAAUGACAUACCAAAGGUAUAUCAAUGGU